GAAGAGCACAUAUAUAAUGGCCGGUCCCAAUUCGAAAGCGCAACCUAUUCUCUGAUCUUGAGGCCUCAAUAGAGCGAACCCAACCCUUUCUGCACAAAACAUGGCUGACCAACAAACAGCUGCAAUACUCUACACCUUCCUUCUCUGUUUACUCUCUCUGCACUUAUUUUGGGUGUGGAAGAGGUCAGGCACCAAAAAGAAGGUGCCUCCGGGUCCUUCAGGGCUCCCCAUAAUCGGCAACCUCCACCAACUCGGCUCGAUGCCGCAUCUCACUCUAGCCCGGCUAGCUGAAACCUAUGGACCCCUCAUCCACCUGAAAAUGGGCCAAGUCCCCACCCUGGUUGUCUCCUCCGCAAAGAUGGCAGAGGAAAUCAUGAAAACUCAUGACCUCACCUUCUGCAGUAGGCCGGCUCUUCUCUCCCCUCGACACCUCCACUAUGAAUGCUCUGGUAUAGUUUUCGCCCCCUACGGGCCCUAUUGGAGGAACGUUCGCAGGAUAUGUGUUCAAGAGCUCCUCAGAGCGAAACGGGUGGAGCUGGAAUCAUUUCGCAUAGUGAGAGAAGCUGAAGUGGGGCACAUGAUUGACACUAUCACCUCAAGUUCGAAGGCCGGAAAGCUAGUGAAUUUGAGUGAGAUGUUCCUUUCUUUCUCUAGCAAUGUCAUUUGCGGAGUGGCUUAUGGGAAGAGAUAUUGGGAAGAUGGCUCUGAAUUGAGUGAGAUGAUGGCACAAACAGAUCGUUUGUUUGGUGGGUUCUUUGUGGGGGAUUUCUUCCCAUAUUUGGAUUGGGUGAAAUAUGUUACUGGUUUGAAACGCAGGCUUGACAAGUGCUUUACAAUCAGGGAUGCGUUCCUUGAGAAAGUGAUUGACGAUCAUCUUCUUCCUUCUCGUGGGGAGAUCAAGGAUGAUCAAAAAGACCUGGUAGAUGUUUUAUUGCAGCUUCAAAAAGAUGGCGCCCUUGAAUUCCCUCUUACAAGAGACAACAUCAAAGCAGUUGUCAUGGAUAUGUUUGGAGCAGGGAUAGAUACGACUUCUGCAAUACUAGAAUGGGGAAUGUCAGAGCUCGUGAAGAAUCCCAGAGUGAUGCAAAAAGCCCAAGAAGAAGUAAGAAGGAUCGUCAAAAGCAAUCAUAUCAACAAAAUAAAGGAAACCGAUUUGCACCAGUUCCAGUAUCUGAAAGCAGUGGUGAAAGAGAUUAUGCGCCUGCACCCUCCAGGUCCAUUGCUGGUUCCUCGUGAAUCAAUGGAGGAUUGUGAAAUUGAGGGCUAUCAUAUUCCAGCAAAAACUAGGGUUUUAAUUAACGCUUGGGCAAUCGGCAGACACCCAGAUUCUUGGGAAGACCCCGAAGAGUUUAAGCCUGAGAGGUUCAUGGAUAGUAGCAUUGAUUACAGGGGCCAAGAUUUCCAACUAAUUCCCUUCGGUGCAGGCCGGAGGGUUUGCCCAGGGCUCUCAUUUGGAGUGACUGUCUUAGAGCUCACAUUGGCGAAUCUCUUGCUCCAUUUUGAGUGGGGACUGCCGGAUGGGUUGAACCCAAAUGAUCUGGACAUGGCUGAGGCUUUUGGGCUCGUUGUGCAUCGAAAAUCUCAUCUGCUUUUGGAAGCAACUCCUCUCAGUGCUUUCUAGCUUUGCCUUUGGCAAUUGUCUUAAUUAACAAUAAAUCCUUGUUAACUAUUAAGAAACUGUUUCGAUGGAAAUAUGUAAUUUGAAUCUCUCUAGAUGGCAUUCUCAGCCAUUUGUAGAGAAGGUUUCAUUAACAAUGAGAUUCCUUCCUGUUUAAACGAGGCAGAGAAUUGUCUUCAGAAGUAAAACCAUUUUGGGUUGA